AUGGUGGCUCCUGCAUCGACCGGAGCGAAUGCGCAGUCGGCAACAUCGCGCCAACGGCCCAACUCGUCAUACCCUUCGUACGGCCAUAACGUGCCAUUGAGCGCUCGUCGAUCCGCACCCCUCGACCUAUCGACCGUUGAGCGACGAGGCCAGCCCAGUGCCGCUCGAGAACCAACAAGUCGAACGCGACCCCAUGGCCUGCAAGAGGCGCCCACCUAUCGUCCGACCGAAGAGGAAUUCAAAGACCCAGAUGAAUACAUCCGCAAGAUCGCGCCUGAGGCUGCCAGGUAUGGAAUAUGCAGGGUUGUCCCUCCGGAGAGCUGGAACCCCCCGUUUGCCGUAGAUACAGAACGUUUUCAUUUCAAGACCCGUCGCCAGGAGCUUAAUUCGGUCGAAGGAGGUAUGCCCCAGCGUCCAACAGACCUUGUUGCCGGUGGAGCUUCCCAGGACCAGCGUUCUGACCCAGAAUCAGGCACCCGUGCGAACUUGAACUAUCUCGACCAGCUGUCCAAGUUUCACAAACAACAUGGAACCAACCUGAAUCGCUUCCCUAGCGUCGACAAAAGACCCCUGGACCUAUACAAGCUGAAAAAGGCCGUUGAAAUCCGUGGAGGCUUCGAGCAGGUUUGCAAACUCAAAAAAUGGGCCGAAAUUGGCCGCGAUCUUGGCUACAGCGGCAAAAUCAUGUCCUCGCUUUCCACCUCGCUGAAAAACUCAUACCAAAGAUGGCUACAACCCUACGAAGAGUAUCUUCGCGUCGCAAAACCCGGUGUGCAACAGCAAUUAGAAGCCGAACAAGGGGGGCCGUAUACACCAUCGCCGAAUCGCUCUCCUGCAGCCAAGCGACCCAUGUCAGCUACCCCGUCCAAUACGCGCCCGGAAUCCCCCGCAAUUCGAGCCUCCAAUAUGCUCAAUGCCUCCAUUGAGUCGGAUGGAACCCCGGACCGCCCAACACCACCUUCCGAAGCACCUCUGCGGCCCGCCUCUGGAUUUACUGCGGUCAACAAGCCCGGCGGCUUCACACCGGUCAACCGUUCGCCGUCUGUCAUGACCCCGAAUACUGCACCUCAAGUGAAGAAAGAAACCGAGAACGGCUCAUCAACCCCGAAAACCAUCGCCCUGCAUCCCGCUAAGGAGGCUGACAAGCCGACUCCAGUUACCAAUGGAAAUGGCCCUCAACUACUCAAACGUGCAAUCAGCCAUGAUAGCCUGGCUACAGAAUCGCAGGCCGAUUCCCCAGAUCCCGAUGGUUCUGGACGAAGAAGUAAAAGGCUCCGGAAAGAUGGUGUUCCCACGGUUGCCGGUUCUCACAUGAGCCUUCUACGCCCGACGCCGUCCAAAGGCAAAUCUAAGAGCGGGACUCGCAGAAUUGGCGAUAAAUGUGACACAUGCGGGAAAAGCGAUAAUCCAGAGACCAUACUUGUGUGCGAUAGUUGUGAUAAUGGGUAUCACAAGUCCUGUCUCGAGAACCCGCUCAAUGCAGACCCCGAUUAUGACUGGCACUGUCCCAAAUGUCUCGUGGGAACUGGCGAGUUUGGCUUCGAAGAAGGUGGUGUUUACUCCUUGAAGCAAUUCCAAGAGAAAGCAAACAAUUUCAAGAAGAGCUAUUUCGCCCCCCGCAUGCCAUUCGACCCAGUCUUGAACACCCAGCGUCGCGAAACAGAAGAUGAUGUCGAACGUGAGUUUUGGAGAUUGGUCGAAAGCUUAACGGAAACAGUCGAGGUGGAAUAUGGAGCCGAUAUACAUUCUACUACUCAUGGCAGUGGCUUCCCAACUAUCGAGCGGAACCCCCUUGACCCAUAUUCCCGCGAUCCCUGGAACUUGAACGUACUGCCUUUCCACGGGGAGUCGUUGUUUAGGCACAUCAAGUCGGACAUAUCUGGUAUGACUGUGCCUUGGGUCUAUGUUGGCAUGUGCUUCUCUACCUUUUGCUGGCAUAAUGAGGACCACUACGCUUACUCUGCCAACUACCAACAUUUUGGUGCCACCAAGACGUGGUAUGGAAUCCCAGGACAAGACACCGAAGCCUUCGAAGAAGCAAUGCGUCAAGCUGUCCCAGAGCUUUUUGAAACACAACCCGACCUUCUUUUCCAACUGGUCACCCUCCUUCCACCAGAUCAAUUGAAGAAAGCAGGCGUCAAUGUAUUUGCAGUCGACCAGAGAGCCGGGCAGUUCGUUGUUACAUUUCCUCAAGCGUACCAUGCGGGUUUUAACCAUGGCUUCAACUUUAAUGAGGCUGUCAAUUUUGCCCCAACUGCCUGGGAACCGUUUGGUGCUCUUGGUGUCGAACGGCUACAAGCUUUCAGGAGACAGCCGUGCUUUUCGCACGAUGAGUUGUUACUGACAGCUGCUGCUAGAGAUACUUCCAUCAAGACUGCAAAAUGGCUUGCUCCGGCAUUAGCCCGCACUGCUGAUAGAGAAACAGCUGAGCGUGCAUCUUUCGUUGCUCGCCACCAGGAGAUCUUUCCACACCAAUGUAAGUUUAGUGGGGAGGACUGGUCUGCAGAUGCAGAGUGCAAAAUGCAGUUUGUGGUGAAGGAAGAAGAUCUUCCGGAAGAGGACUAUCAAUGCUACUACUGCAAGGCCUAUGCAUACUUGACCCAAUUCCGAUGUCGCAAGACAGGACGAACUAUUUGCCUCACUCAUGCGGAUACCUUCGACUGCUGUGGUGUACCCCUGGCCCAAAAAAUGAUGGGUGAAGAACAUACACUGCAAUAUCGGAUGACCGAUGGAUCCCUAAAGGACUUGGCACAAAAGGCGCAGGAACGUUCCAGGAUCCCAGAAGCGUGGAGCGAAAAGUUGGAUAAGGCAUUGGAGGAUGAAGCCAAACCGCAGCUGAAGGCUCUCCAUAGCCUCCUAAGCGAAGGUGAGAAAAUCCCUUACCACUUGCCCGGCCUUCAAGACCUGGCGGCUUUUGUUCAGCGGUGCGACAAGUGGGUGGAAGAAGCCAACAAUUACAUCACUCGGAAACAGCAAAACCGCAGGAAGAACGAGAAAGCCUGGCGGAAAGGCACUUCCAAAGCCGCCCAGCUUGAAGAACGCGACCGUGAGCUUCGCAAAGUGGAAAAUAUCCACACUCUACUUGCAGAGGCUGAUAAACUGUCGUUCGACUGUCCACAGAUGGCGGCCCUGGAAGAGAAGACGCGCGAAAUCGACAAGUAUCGCCAGGAGGUCCACAUUGCCCUUAGCUCUAAUACGCGAUCGACUUCCGAAAUAGAGGAACUGGUUGAAUCUAGCCGGAAUUUUAACGUGGAUCUGCCCGAGGUUGAAAAGCUUGAGAAUCUCCUCCAGCAAAUGAAAUGGAGGGAGCAGGCUCGGUUACGCCGUGAACAGAAACUUACGCUCGUUGACGUUCAGCAGCUGAUUCAACAAGGGGAGGAGCUCAAUUUGAACGAAACUGAUCCGGACAUGCAACAUUUCAAAGAUCUCGGCCGAUCCGGCGAAGCAUGGGAAGCCAAAGCCAAAGAGCUGAUGGCUGUCGAAGCAGUUCACUACGUCCAAUUGGAAGCCUUGUCGGCCCAAGCUUCAAGGUUCCCAGUAUCCGCCGAGAUCCUGGGUCAAGUUGACGCAAUCCUGAAUAAACAGCGCGAGGCUCAAAAGCAUAUCCAAAGCCUUUGUGACCGUAGUCGUGAUGUGGAGCUCCACAACCGACCCUUGUACAAAGAGGUGCGAGAUCUCAUGGAGUCUCUUGAACAACUCAGUAGCCGGCCUCUGGGGGCUAUCGACUUGGAGCGCGAACAAAAGCGCCAUGAGGACUGGAUGCGAAAAGGAAAGAAGCUUUUUGGCAAAGCAAAUGCGCCGUUGCAUAUCUUGAAGUCCCACAUGGAGUAUGUGGACAAGAAAAACUCGGCAUGCUUCGAUUUGGAAGACCGCUGCCGACCGCCUGUUGAGCCUGCUUCUCGCGAUAAUACGCCGGAGGGUCUUUUAGAGAACCACACUGCGAACUGGUGGGAGGCAAAAUCACGUAAACGAGACGUAUUCUGUAUAUGCAGACAACCGGAGGCUGGAAUGAUGAUCGAGUGCGAAAUUUGUCAUGAAUGGUAUCACGGGAAAUGUCUAAAGAUUGCGCGUGGCAAGGUUAAGGAAUUCGACAAGUACACUUGUCCAAUAUGCGACUGGCGGAGGAAGAUACCUCGUGACGCAGCACGUCCAAAGUUGGAGGAUCUACAAGACUGGCAAGCAGAAAUGGCAACUCUUCCUUUUCAGCCAGAGGAAGAAGAAGUCCUGGAAAGCAUUGUCAGACAAGCCACGCAAUUCCGAGAGUUCCUCCAAAAAUAUACAAAUCCGGCCUGCACAACAAGUGAAGAGGUUCCUACACUGAUCUUUUAUCUUCGCAAGAUUGAGGGUGCCGAAGUGCUUCUUGCUUAUGAAACGAACUUCUUCCGCCAAGAAAUCCAUAAAUGGGCACCAGUGGCUCCAGAACCUCCUCCAAUCCUGGAACAGUCGUUGUCGACGCGCAAGCCUCGCCCUACCAAGAGCCAGAAGAUUAUGGCUCAACUCGGCGUUGAACGUGUUGAAGAUCUCCCGCCUCACCUUCGUCCUAAAGCGAGCCAUGCAAAUAAGCGCAAGUCUAUGGAUGCAUCGCAGUCGGGCCAACCUCAACAGACCAGUGGAGGGAGUGAUGAUGCGGCAGGCGAGAAUCAACAGGCAGUUCCCGGUGGGAGCGAAGCUGGCUUGCCGGGGGGCCCCAGUCCCUUCUUCUCGGGAGGCUACAAUAACCAAGCACGCGAUUCUAGCCCUUCGCUGCUGCUAUCUUCGACACCAGAGCCCGGUCCGCUGCUUGCGCAGGCAGCUGCUCAAUCACCACCUUUCCCACCGCGUUCGCCUCGUGGCUUGGACCAACCACUAUUCAGUGCUCCAUCCGCAUUCCGCAACCCGCAAGAAGGCGUUACGGGGGUGGAUAUGGAGACUAGCAACCCUUUCGGCAGCAGUCCACCUCGUCAGGAGAUGAAUGAUGUCUUUGCCGCCCUGACCAACGAAGACGCGGAAAAUGUCGAGCCGAUGGAGAACACACACGCAAACGAGGCCUUGGAAGCCCUGGACGUUAGCAAUGGUAGCGAAAGACACGAUACUGGGAAUGAGGAUGAGCCGUCCGACUCGGUAGAUGACGGCAACCGUGGCGACGAUACAGACGAGUUUUGA